GAAAAAAAAUGCAUUUUCGGGAGUUUCCUUCGCAAUACGGCGACCGCUCUUUUCUGGACGUUACCACGUAGCUCUUCCACCUGUCGAGGAAUCCUCCGACCUGGAGUGAGCUCCAAAAACCGCCGGAAAAAUCGGCAAGUGGUCGAUGAGUCACGGACGAAAAACAGAAACUCCUCGGUCGCGAGUGUCCUGAAAGAAAGUAGGGACGGAUAAAAUUGAAACGAUCGAAAAAAAUGGAAAUCGCGAGACCUGUAACCGCUUCCAUCCUCCUGAUGGUCCUGGUGCAGCUGGUGGACGUCCUCGGCAGGUUGACGGUCGUUCGUGGUCCGAUAAAAGGGCCUGGCUUUUUGGAAGCGCACAGGACAAGACGCCUCCAAUGCAUUUCUGAAAACGACGACAGUGCGUUGGUGUGGAACACGAACCUCAGGUGGAGUUACCCAUCCUACAUGAAGGACGAGACAAUAAUUACAGACUUCAGGAGCUCUCGCGAGACUCCGGCAGGAAACAUGACCUGCGCGUUCAACGAGUUCUCCACCUGCUUCGCAAGCUGGACGACGGAUUCGACGUGGGAAAUGGCGAAUUCUCUGGAGCUUCCUACCGGACCAGUCCUGGACAGGCGAUGGGAAGAUUUCAAAGAGGUGGACAACCAGGAAAACCUGGACCAGUACCAGGUAGUCGAGACAGUGAAGAGCAUGGGUUCGCUGAGCUUUUCCGUGCGAGGCAUCAGGGACCUGCACUUGCUCCUCUGCGAGACGACUCUAUACGAGCGGGACUUUUGCUACUGGAUCAUCCUAGGAGGAUGGAACAACACCACCUUGGCGCUUCGAAGGUGCCCGGAAGGAGUGCCUCCACCUUCGGUCUACCCCGACCUCAAUUCCGAAUGCAAUAACUCCACCACAAUUGCGAAGUACGAGGCACUCGGCGCAGCAGAGUGGAGAACCUACACCCUGAAGUGGACGAGCGACAACCGGAUGGUCCAGGAGGGCAAGGAGAUCGCAUUGUACGACGACACCGGGGCGAUCCUCCUGUCAUUCCCGAGGGGGAAGAAGACCGUAAGGAACGUCACCGAUGGGUACUACUUCUUCGUGAGGAGUCCCCUGCCAGUGCGCAUGAGGAUUCACCUCUACAAGUACCUGCACACCACCCGUGAAAACGAGGUGUUGACGAGUCCCCCGGAAGUCGGCCCUAACGUCUGCAUGGAGAUGAUGGUCGCGCUUUGCCCGACCUGCUUACUGCACAUGGCCCUGACGAACGAGUACAAGGACGACCUGGAGCUGCCAACGAUCCGGGGCGCGACGGUCACAAGUGAUCACGGUUUGCCGAUGUGGCAGCACGUCCUGGUGAAUGCGUCGAUCUCGGGAAGCAAGGUUCGCCUGCGAUUAACGAGUCGUCUCGAAGAAAGCGCCGCCAACCCCUUCUGGGCCGUGGCGCACGUCCACUCCUGCUAUCCCCAGGAAAGCACGAGGUCGUCGGUGAUGACCACCUCGGAGGACUACUCCGACGACUACUUCUGGCCCAACGUCACCUGCCAGAGGAUCUUCUACCGGCAGAACUCGGUCGUACAGACCGCCCUGAAGUCGGUCAACAACCUAGGACUAAGUAAGAUGAGGUAUAAAAUACGUCAGAAGGUAGUUUUAAAGGGGUACUUGCCCGUAGACGAACCGCUGUGUUCAGAAGGAAGAGUUGGUCCAUUUUGUGCCGCUUCCUGCGAUGACAUCGGUAACUGGAGAUGCUCCCAGGGUGCCAUUUGCUACGAGAACGGCUGUCAGUGUCCCCAAGGGUACCAUGGCCCGGACUGCUCGUGGUCCUGUUCGCGGGUUACUUUUGGAUUCGGUUGCUCGAACGCUUGCGGAAGGUGCGCACACUCCAAUUGUCACCCCGGCACCGGCAUCUGUACCCAAGGAUGCGACAGGACCACCUCCACCUACUUCGUGCCUCCCUACUGCAUGAUAGGAAUCGACCCACCAUCGGCUCCUCUUUUCCUCUUCAAGAACCAGACGCACGUGAAGUUGCAUCUCGACCUCCAGGAGAGCUACGGACUCAUGCCAUCCCAUCUCCUAAUCUACGUUAAGGAGAGAUACGCUAACGCUACGCAUACGGUCGACCAGAAGGACAUCGUCUACCGAAACUCAACGACCCUGGAAGCCAUCGUCGACAACCUGAUGCCGGGAAAGCGAUACACGGUACAGGCAGAGAUCUGGGUGAACGAUGUAACUAUCGCAGGACAUGUGACCACGGUCACUACCGAUUGCUCUCCCGGGACCAGCGUCGAGGUGGUUCCUGAAGAGACGAGCCUGAGCGUAACUAUCCGGAAGGCCGAACGUUACCCUUGUCCGGUGGACUGGUACAGAGUGACCCUUGAAGACGUUGAGGCAAAAGUCGUUAGGUACACGGGGCCCAUCGAAAAUUUCCUAUUCACCAUGACGAAUCUGACCGCGUUCACCUUCUACAGGGUAUUGGUUGGUAACGAGGACCUGGUGGUGUUCUCCAAAGAAGUGAGAACCAACGAAGGAGGUAGGUGCUCUUCCAGGAAGCUCCGAGAGCGAAGAGACGCUUCGGCGAGGAUUCAGACAUUUCUUUGGACAUUCUUAGCACCCACUCCAGUGAGGACUCUCCAAGUGACCUCGCUGGUUCCCGAUCGAGUUCGUCUGGGAUGGAACAGUCCGGCAACGAUAAGAGGACACUUCACCAAGUACAAAGUAUUUCUUUGGAACCUUAAUUUAAAAGGCUGCCAGGACGCGGGUCGGCCGAGUCCCAGGCAGGAGCAGAAAACCCUGACGACGACCACGAAUUCCAUCACCCUGACGAACUUGCAUCCUUACGCGGAAUACGAGGUGUCGGUCAUGGCUUGCACCUCUAAGUGCGGUCCACCGGAGAAUUUAAGGUUCUCUACCGAUCCCACCGAAAUCGCGACCUCGGUCGUCGGCAAUCUGCGAGUGGAAGAGGAAAACCUGAAGUGGGACUAUCCAGUGGACUGCUCGACAAUUUCCGGGCCGAUUGCGGUUGUUAAAUUGCUCCUCGAAGGGGUAGAUCAGGAGGUGCAGAAUUAUCAAGGAAUCAGGCAGACCGGGAUGUGGUUUUUGUCUUUGAGCAAGUUCCCGCCGACGAUUUACGGCGCCCAGAGGUACAGAGUGCGAGCGUACAUAAUUAGGAGGUACCAUGGGAAGUACAACGAAUCGGUCUACCAGGAUCUGAUCUUCGUGACCAGGCCGAAAGCUCCUCCCGCCGUGAGGAACCUGGAAAUCUUCGAGGUGGACAUCCAGGAGGCGGCGAUACACCUGAGGUGGCAAAAACCGUCUCCACCGACGAACGGGGAAAUAGUCGAAUAUGCCGUGACGUUUCUAACUGAAAAAUCGUCAUUCAGGGCGAAAACGGUCCACGUAAACGAAAUUUGCGAAUUCUGGCCGGAUUAUUUCUGCGCUAAGGUCUUGAUACCAUUCGCGGUGUAUCCGCAGGUGGAGGUGAGGGCCGGCAACAGAAACGUGUCGGAGCUUGGAGCACCUUCGACGAUUCCUAACAGACAGAGUGAAACAGAGCCCGACGCUCCUGGAAAGAUCGUCGGGGAAGCCAUGGAUAAAGGAAGAGUCAACCUCACCUGGACGCAUCCUUGGAGAACCGGCGGCAGGAUCAAAAAGUUCGCCAUCGAGAUCCUGAUGAAGUCGACGAGGCUGCGCCAGGAUCCGACCCAUUGGAGAGUGACCAGGAUCGAGGAACACCUGGUCCAGAAGUACGAGUCCAAGUACUCGAAGGAGUUGAACCUGUUGCCCUCCUCCGUCUUCAGGAUCGACGUCCGGGGAGUCACCCUCGGGAACCUGCGCGGCGCUCCUGCAGAAGUCGACCUGGAGACGCCGACGUCGUUGAGGUUCUCCCAGGACCUGAAGACAGAGAUCCGAGACAUGGACUCCACCGUCUCCAUACUUAUUCCAGAGGUCGUCAACGACACCAGGGGUAGCAUCAUGCACGUGAUCGUCAAAGGACCCAGACCCUGCGAACAGUUCUCCAAGGUGGAGGCAAACCUCGCCGCGAAGGCGAACGUGGAGUACUACGAGGUCGCCUGGAGAGCGGCGACCUUCUCGACGGAGGAAUUCGUGGGCCGGGAAUUUAUCCUAGGGGACAACAAGAUCUACGGAGGGGCUACCAAUUGCAUCCUGCACCCUGAAGAGUCCUACGAGGUUGCAGUAGUGGUGCAGGAGAAUCCGGAGACUGGCAGAGGAAGGACCAUCGUGACGAGGACUUCCUUGCUGAGGAUCGGCCAGGUGCCCAGUCGACCCGAAGCGUGGGCCAUUCCGUUGGUCUCCUUCCUGGUGUUGGCGAUUUCAGGGACCGUCUUCUACUUCUAUCGCAGGUAUUUUCUCUCAGGAGGACCAUCGCGUGGGUUCUUCAGGGCGCUUCUUCCUUCCAGGAGACCUAAACCAGAGAAGGACACGGAACUGACGGGGACUGCGGAAAGUCCUGUCAAGAGCUGUGCAGAAAUGAAAAAUCCUUCGCCAAGUCCUGUAGAGUCUCGAAAGCUCUCGCGUAGUCCUAGUCCAGAGGAUAGCGAGUCCUUCGCAUCCAGCACGUCGGAGAUCCCUGAAAAUUCAAAGGAGACAUUGAAGGAAACGGAGCCAUCCUCGCUGGUUAAAGUCAAGGAUUUCGAGGACUACGUGAAAAAUGCUAUAGAAAGCGAGGCGCUGGACGAACAGUACUCGAUCUUCCCUAGAGGUCAAACGAAGCCAUGGGACUAUGGGAAAUUGCCGGAGAACAAGUCGAAGAACAGAUAUGGGAAUUUAAUCGCUUACGACGAGACGCGGGUCAUCCUGAAGAAGCUCCCCGACGACCCCUACUCCGACUACAUUAACGCCAACUACAUAAGGGGGUUCAGAAAGGAGAAGGCUUACAUCGCCACACAGGGGCCGAAGCCCAACACGGUGCUGGACUUCUGGAGGAUGAUCUGGCAAGAGGAGGUCCUGAUAAUCUGCAUAUUGGCGAACGUCAUAGAGAGCGGGAAGACGAAAUGCGAGCAAUACUGGCCCGACGUCGGAAGGAAAAAAAAAUACGGCGAGGUGACCGUCUUCAACGCCCGCCACAACGUCUUCGCCGACUACACCUUCAGGUUGUUCCACGUCUCCUGCGGAGCGGAGACCCGGAAGAUCGAGCACCUGCAUUACACCGCAUGGCCUGAUCAUGGGGUCCCGAUGUACACGCAUUCGGUGGUAGCGUACUUGAAGAAGCUCCUGGCGACUCCUUCGGGAAAGGGACCAGUGGUGGUCCAUUGCAGUGCCGGGGUCGGCAGAACCGGGACCAUCAUCCUCUGCGACAUUUGCCUCCGCCGUGCAGCUGCCGAAGGGGUCGUGGACGUCCUCGCUGAAACGGAAGCGUUAAGGAGUCAAAGAGCGAACAUGGUGGACAACAAGCAGCAGUAUUUGCUCGCCCACCUGGCUCUGAUGGAGUGUCUCUUGUCCUUGCCAACCACAUUACCGUGUAAUGGAACCUUGCUGACCAGGAUCAAGGAGCUGAAGCAGCAGCUGCCGAUCCAACGUCAGAGGCUUCAAGACACUUCCUGGCAGGACGAAGCUCUGCAGCCGUCCACCUUGAUGAAGGCCUUGUCCGACGACAACAGGUCUAAAAACAGAUACCCCGAGUUAGCUUCUGAGAGACUGAACCGAGUUUACCUGAAGAGGUACCCGCCGAGCGACCUCGAGAGCGACUACAUCUCAGGGGUCUACGUCGACGGGGUGAGAUCUCAGAGCCAAUAUUUCGCAUCCCAGCUCCCCUUGCCGUCGACCCUCGCCGACUUCUGGAGAAUGAUAGCAGAGCUGAAAGUAGAACUGAUAGUGAUGCUUCAACCUCCCGACCCACGAGACCCGACCUGCUGCGAGAUCGCAGCGGAAACUGGGGAAUUCAAGCCGACCCCAUUCCUGACCGUCACGACGAAGGAAUCGGUGGACACGGAACAUUACACUUCCGUUAAGCUAUCGCUCACCGACCACUCGCAGAAGCCCCUUCGGAAUCAGCCGAUCACGAUACUCUCCACCAAGGGGUGGAAACCGGGAAGGAACCAGGAACCACCACCACCCAUAACGUUGGUGUCCUUGUGGCAGGCAACGGAGAGGAUCCCCAGGGGAGAUGGACCGAUGGUCACCCUGUGCCACGACGGUAUCACGGGAUGUGGACUUUUCCUGGCGAUGAGUUUCCUCCUGGAGAGGAUGACGGUCGAGAGGGAGUGCGACGUUUGUCUGGCGAUUAGGGCGGUUCGCAGAUCAAGACCGGAGUUUGUGCAACCCUUGGAGCAGUUCGAGUACCUGUACGACGUUACGGUCACGUACAUGCAGUACUUUGAAACGUAUGCAAAUUUCAGUUAGUGAUCCGCGAAAACAGGGACUGCUUGUCAUUCAAUAAUGACCUCGACCUGAGAUUUAAAUCAUUAAUAAAAGUGUACGAACAACCGCUUUUAAUUUCAUGACGCACUCCCAACUCCCUAGAAAUGUUAUCUUAACGUAACGUGAAAAGAUAUGGUAUAGUGAACUUUUUUUUUUUUUCUUUAUUAUUUAGCAAUUACGCCUUCAUGUACGAAUAAUAAAUGUAGCAUACAGUAGGAUCUUCCAUGUAAGUGUGUGUGUAUGUGUAUUUCGUAUAAUACUAAAAACCACGGACCGAGA